AUGCUCUGUUCAUUCUUUUGCUCUGCCAUUCCAUAUUUGUGUUGUUGCAUCAUUCCAUUAAGUUCUUGCUUCUGUCCAUCCUCUGUUGCUGCUCGCCUUAUUCUUUCUUGGCUGUCCCAUUCAGUCCAUGCAUAUAAUAUCAGGGUUGCUGUACUAUUCCCAUUACUGUCCAUUCUCUUGCAGUCCAGUCCAUCUGACUUCGGGCUGUACCAUUCCAUAUCUCGGUUCCUGCUACAUUCCAUCAUGCCACUGUACUAUUUAUUUCUGCGUGUCCUACUUCACCACACUUUGGUUGCAGCUUCAUUGUCCAUGUCCCUGCAAAAUCUAAAAAGAUUUGUACUUACCAUUCUUGUCCUUGUACACCAUACCAAGCCGGUCACUUCAUUCAUAAUAACCAGUUUUCUGAUCCAUUGCUUUUUAUCAUUGCUGUUUGUUCCAUUCAUUUCGGGCUGCACCUUUUCAGUACAUCGGAACUGCUGCUUAGUUUCACCAUACUGUAUUGCUGAUCCAUUCCAUUGUGUCCUUGCUCUAUUGCGCUAUUCUUUCUUGGUUGCACCAUUCCGAUCAUGCUCUGUUGCUGAUCCAAUCCAUUGUGCUCUUGUCGUGUUUCUCUAUUCCAUUCUUGGCUGCACCAUUCCAUAUCUUGAUUGCUGUAGCAUUCCAUUCUGUCCAUCCUCUGUUGCUGCUCGUUUCCCUUGUGUAGUUGCUGUAUCCAUUCUUGGCUGCACCAUCCCAUUCAGUCCAUGCUCUGUUCCUUCUUGUCGUCACCAUUCCAUAUCUGGGUUGCUGCAUCAUUCCACACUGAGGUUGCUGCUGCAUUCCAUUAAGUUCCUGCUCGGUUGCCCUAUUCUUUCUUGGCUGCACCAUACCAUAACUGGGUUGCUGCACCAUACCAUAACUGGGUUGCUGCACCAUUCCAUUCAGUCCAUGCUCUGUUCAUUCUUUUGCUCUGCCAUUCCAUAUUUGUGUUGUUGCAUCAUUCCAUUAAGUUCUUGCUCGGUUGCGCUUAUUCUUUCUUGGCUUACAUCGAACUGCUGCUUAGUUUCACCAUACUGUAUUGCUGAUCCAUUCCAUUGUGUCCUUGCUCUAUUCUUUUCUUUUUCUUGGUUGCACCAUUCCGAUCAUGCUCUGUUGCUGAUCCAAUCCAUUGUGCUCUUGUCGUGUUUCUCUAUUCCAUUCUUGGCUGCACCAUUCCAUAUCUUGAUUGCUGUAGCAUUCCAUUCUGUCCAUCCUCUGUUGCUGCUCGUUUCCCUUUGUGUAGUUGUUGUAUCCAUUCUUGGCUGCACCAUCCCAUUCAGUCCAUGCUCUGUUCCUUCUUGUCGUCACCAUUCCAUAUCUGGGUUGCUGCAUCAUUCCACACUGAGGUUGCUGCUGCAUUCCAUUAACAUUCCAUUCUGUCCAUCCUCUGUUGCUGCUCGUUUCCCUUGUGUAGUUGCUGUAUCCAUUCUUGGCUGCACCAUCCCAUUCAGUCCAUGCUCUGUUCCUUCUUGUCGUCACCAUUCCAUAUCUGGGUUGCUGCAUCAUUCCACACUGAGGUUGCUGCUGCAUUCCAUUAAGUUCCUGCUCGGUUGCCCUAUUCUUUCUUGGCUGCACCAUACCAUAACUGGGUUGCUGCACCAUACCAUAACUGGGUUGCUGCACCAUUCCAUUCAGUCCAUGCUCUGUUCAUUCUUUUGCUCUGCCAUUCCAUAUUUGUGUUGUUGCAUCAUUCCAUUAAGUUCUUGCUCGGUUGCGCUUAUUCUUUCUUGGCUGUAUCAUAUAAUAUCAGGGUUGCUGUACUAUUCCUUACUGUCCAUUCUCUUGCAGUCCAUCGUGUUGUUGCACUGUUGCUCUAUAUAUUCUUGGCUGUACCAUUCCAGUAUGUCCAGUCUCUGUUGCUGCUCCAUACCAUUGUGUUGUUGCUCUAUUCAUCCUUGGACAAUGAAUUCCAUUCUGUCUAUGCCCUGUAGCUGCUGCUGUCCAUUGUCUUCCUGCUGUGUUGCUCUAUUUCACCAUACUGUAUUGCUGAUCCAUUCCAUUGUGUCCUUGCUCUAUUCUUUCUUGGCUGCACCAUUCCGAUCAUGCUCUGUUGCUGAUCCAAUCCAUUGUGCUCUUGUCGUGUUUCUCUAUUCCAUUCUUGGUUGCACCAUUCCAUAUCUUGAUUGCUGUCGCAUUACAUUCUGUCCAUCCCCUGUUGCUGCUCAAUUCCCUUGUGUAGUUGCUGUAUCCAUUCUUGGCUGCACCAUCUCAUAUCUGGGUUGCUGCUCCAUACCAUUAUGUUCUUGCUGUGUUCUGUUCAUUUCACGCUGGACUAUUCCACUGUGUUCUUGCUCUGUUCAUUUUCGGAUGUACCAUUUCAUAACUGGGUUGCUGCAUCAUUCCACACUGAGGUUGCUGCUGCAUUCCAUUAAGUUCCUGCUCGGUUGCCCUAUUCUUUCUUGGCUGCACCAUACCAUAACUGGGUUGCUGCACCAUUCCAUUCAGUCCAUGCUCUGUUCAUUCUUCGCUCUGCCAUUUCAUAUUUGGGUUGCUGCAUCAUUCCAUUAA